AUGGUGCUGCUGAAGCGAGCCAAGCUGAAGGCCAAGGCUCAGGCCAAGCUGGUGCACGUCAUCCGUCAUGGUGAGGCUCAGCAUAACGUGCAAAAGAAGUUCUUGCUGAAGCAAGACACAAAGCUGACCAAGAGAGGAUGGCGCCAGGCAAAGAGUCUGCAGAAGCUUCUUCCGAAGCUGAAGCCGGAGGUUGCGCUAACCUCUGGAGUGCUCCGUGCUCUGCAGACCACGCGCGGCAUUGGCUUCCGCGGGAGGACCCUGGUGGUGCCUGAGGCGCGGGAGGUGGGUGGCUGGCCCGCCAACGAGCCUGUGGAGACCCGCCGGGCCUUGGCCGGGGAUCUGGAGUCCCGCUUUGGCCGCUACGACUGGUCUCCAUGCGCUGCUUGCGGACCGCGGAACCGCUGGGAGAAGACCUCGGAGGUGAAGGAGCGGGCCCGGCGGCUAACUAAGUACCUCGAACGCCAACCAGAAGGACGGCUGCUGUUGGUCUCUCAUGGCGAGUUCCUGGAAAAGCUGACUGGCGACAAGUACAUGGACAAUUGUGAAGUGCGGACAUAUUCCUUGAGCAGAGGCAAGUGGCAGCGCUUGCGGUCAGUGAAGUGCUCGGAGUGA